GACACGGAAUGACCAGAAAUUCCACUGGAGGGGGAUUUAUUUCUGCAGGAAAGGAGCCGGGGCUUUACAGCUUUUUCUGGGAAUUUUGCACGGAUCCAAGCUGGGAUUUUUGGGAUUUUUCCCGUUUUUUUUUUCCCACCGAACGAAGCAAAAACAACAACAGAACCAAAAAAUCCUGGGAAAAAAACCUCCCCAAAUCCGACUUUUUUUCACCCCAAACUGAAAACCCGUGACCCCGAAAGGGCGGGAAAACAGAAUUCCGGCCAUUUUUCCCAAUUUCCUGUGAAUUCACCCCAAAAAUCCGGCGGUUGUUGUUUGGAAGUCCAAGCGAUGGCACCAGGAAAUUCCCGGGAUAAUCCAGACGGACGCUGUGAAGGGACACCACGGGAGCUGCCUCAUGUUUGCUAUUAAUUAAUGAGGAAUUAAUUAAUGAAUGGUUUGGAUCAAGCGGAGCCUUCGGGUCGGGGGCGUUUUUUUGGGGAGAAAAGAGCGGGAAUGAGUUAAAUAAACAUGCAGGGGUGGGGGAGGGGCCUGGCCAGGGGCCGCGGAACCGUCGGUGGUGGCGGCGUCAUCGGUGUCAUCGCCAUCGGUGUCAUCGUCACCGUCACUGCCAACAUCAUCAUCACUGUCACCAUGGCUGGCCAUUGGCAUUGUCACCAUGGUAAUUGUCAUCGUCGUCACGACCAUCGCUGGUCAUGGUCACCUUCGUUGGUCAUUGUCAUUGUCACCACUGUCGGUCAUUGUCAUCACCACUGGUCAUCGUCAUCGUCACCAUCGCUGGCCAUGGUCAUUGUCACCAUCGUUGGUCAUUGUCAUUGUCACCAUCGUUGGCCAUGGUCAUUCUCAUUGUCACCAUUGUUGGUCAUCGGUCACCUUCGUUGGUCAUUGUCAUUGUCACCACUGUCGGUCAUUGUCAUCACCACUGGUCAUCGUCAUCGUCACCAUCGCUGGCCAUGGUCAUUGUCACCAUCGUUGGUCAUGGUCAUCGUCACCAUCGUUGGCCACGGUCAUUGUCAUUCUCACUAACGUUGGUCAUUGUCAUUGUCACCAUCAUUGGUCACUGUCAUUGUCACCAUCGCUGGUCAUUGUCAUCAUCACCAUCGUUGGCCAUGGUCACUGUCAUUCUCCCUAACACUGGUCAUUGUGACCAUCGUUGGUCAUUGUCAUCGUCCCCAUCGUUGGUCAUGGUCACCGUCAUUGUCACCAUCGUUGGUCGUUGUCAUCGUCACCAUCGUUGGUCAUGGUCACCGUCAUUGUCACCAUCGUUGGUCAUUGUCAUCAUCACCAUCAUUGGCCAUGGUCAUCGUCACUGUUGUCAUCAUCGCUGUUGUCACUGUCACUGUUGGCCGUCAUCACCGUUGCCAUCGUCACCACUACCACCGGCGGGCGCUGCGUUCCCGGAGCCGGGACCGCCGGGAGCAUUCCCAGAAUCCCCGGGAAUUCCCCGUUUUUGCUCCUGCCCGGGAGGAGGACGCGGAAUCACGGAGGAGUUUUGGGAUCUGGAGUUUGUGGCGGGAAGCGCGGGGCGGGGUUCCCGCGGAUUCCAUGGAUUCCUGAGGAUUCCCAUGGACCUCCAUGAAUUCCCACGGAUUCCUGAGGAUUUCCACAGAUUCCCAUCCAUUCCUGAGGAUUUCCGUGAAUUCCCAUGA